UGCCAUCACUAGAGGUCACUCUUGGAAUUGGUUUUGUUUACCUUUCGCCCAGUUUCAACUUUUCGGUGGUUUUCGAGCGGUCAAGUGGCUGAGAGGAGUCGCGGCGUGAAUUGUGCGAAGGACCGAGUUCGAAGGACGCCAGUGGUUUUGCCGGAGUUUGCCGAACUUUUCGAGCGUGCAUGUGUGUGUGUGUGGGUGCCUGGAGCCUUAAAAAAAGAGGAAGCAAAUUAACGGUAAAACGGAGGCGAAGGUAAAGAGCAAGCAGGACGGCUAUAGCAAAUGUGGUGGGCCAAGAGGUGGGUAAACUAAAAGGAGGGAGGAAAAGGAUAAGGAUCCAAUCGAACAACGACUCACAACGAAACUUUCUUCGGGCCGGGCGAUAGAAGCCGAAUAUUCAACAAAUUCCCCAAGCUGGCCAUGUAGUACAGUGAACUACCAGUAAGAGCAACAGCAAUUUAACGAACAACAACACCGAGGUGCCCUUAGACAAUCUAUUCGUACAACAGAAACAACAAAAUCAACUAACAACAAAUUGAAAUUGAUAACUGCCGAUUUUUGAACUGACAAUAAAACUAAGCGCAACCGUUUAAAACCAAGGAACCAAAGUAAAUCCCAUUUAAUCAGUGGAAAAAAAGGAAGAGGAGAAAUAAACAAACAGGAAAAAUGGGACGCAAAGUGACCGUGGCGGUGUCCACACUGAACCAAUGGGCUCUGGACUUCGAGGGGAACAUGGUGAGGAUAUUGCAGUCCAUCCUGGAGGCCAAGGACAUGGGCGCCAGCUAUCGGACGGGGCCUGAGCUGGAGGUUUGUGGCUACAGCUGCGAGGACCACUUCCGGGAGCCGGACACAUUUCUGCACUCGUGGGAGGUGCUGCUGGAGGUGAUGAUGUCGCCGAUGUGUGAGAACAUGCUGGUGGACGUGGGCAUGCCGGUGAUGCAUCGCAAUGUGGCCUACAACUGCCGGGUGGCGUUCUUCAACCGCCAGAUCCUGCUCAUCCGGCCCAAGAUGGCCAUGUGCGACGAUGGGAACUACAGGGAGUCGCGUUGGUUCACCGCCUGGACGAAGAACCAGCAGACGGAGGAGUACGUCCUGCCGCGCAUGAUUGCCCAGCACACGGGUCAGCAGACGGUGCCCAUCGGGGAUGCCGUGAUAGCCACCAGGGACACCUGUCUGGGCUACGAGAUCUGCGAGGAGCUGUGGAAUGUGCGCAGCAAGCACAUCGAGAUGUCGUUGGCCGGCGUGGAGCUGAUCGUCAAUAGCUCCGGCAGCUACAUGGAGCUGCGAAAGGCCCACAUCACCUCCGAUCUCAUCCGGAAUGCCAGCUUCAAGGCCGGCGGAGCCUAUCUGUUUAGUAAUCUUCGCGGCUGCGAUGGCCAAAGGGUGUACUUCAAUGGCUGCUCGGCCAUUGCCCUGAACGGCGAGAUCUUGGCCCGGGGUCAGCAGUUCGCCCUGCAGGAUGUGGAGGUCACGCUGGCCACCAUCGAUCUGGAGGAGAUUCGUGCCUAUCGGGUGAGCAUGCGAUCGCGCUGUUCGGCUGCCGCAAAUGCACCGGAUUACCCAAGGAUCCACUGUGACUUCGAGAUGUCCACGCACAGUGACAUCUUCAAGACGUCGACGCCACCGCUGAAUUGGCCCAUCCACACACCGGAGGAGGAGAUCGCCCUGGGACCGGCCUGUUGGCUCUGGGACUACCUGAGGAGAUCCGGUCAGGGUGGAUUCUUUUUGCCCCUCAGCGGCGGCGUGGAUUCUAGUAGCUCCGCCACCAUAGUGCACUCCAUGUGCAGGCAGAUCGUGCAGGCUGUGCAGCUGGGCGAUGCCCAGGUGCUCCACGACAUCCGUUUGAUCCUGGGCGAUACGGACUAUACGCCGGAUAAUGCCGCCGGAUUGUGCAACCGACUGCUGGUCACCUGCUACAUGGGCAGCGUGAAUAGCAGCAAGGAGACGAGGCGGAGGGCCACUCAAUUGGCCAGCCAACUGGGCAGCUACCACAUCGAGAUCAGCAUCGACUCGGCGGUGAAUGCCCUGUUGAGCAUAUUCAAUGCCGUCACCGGGCUGACACCGCGAUUCCGUACGCAGGGCGGCUGUGCCCGCCAGAAUCUGGCGCUCCAGAAUAUGCAGUCGAGGAUUCGCAUGGUGCUGGCCUACAUCUUCGCCCAGCUGAUGUUGUGGGUGCGGAACAGGCCGGGUGGCCUGCUCGUCCUGGGCUCCGCCAAUGUGGAUGAGUCGCUGCGCGGCUACCUCACCAAGUACGACUGCUCCUCGGCGGACAUCAAUCCGAUUGGCGGUAUAUCUAAGAUGGAUUUGCGAAGAUUUCUCACCUACGCCAAGGAUAAGUUCAACCUGCCCGUGCUGGAGUCGAUCAUCGAUGCCCCGCCCACCGCCGAACUGGAACCGCUGCAGGAGAACGGGGAGCUGCAGCAGACGGACGAGCAGGACAUGGGCAUGACCUAUGCGGAGCUCUCCCAGUAUGGGCGCCUGCGCAAGCAGUCCUUCUGCGGCCCGUACAGCAUGUUCUGCCGCCUGGUGGCCACCUGGAAGGGCGACCUCAGUCCCAAGGAGGUGGCCGAGAAGGUGAAGCACUUCUUCCGCUGCUAUGCCAUCAAUCGGCACAAGAUGACCGUGCUGACGCCGUCGGUGCAUGCGGAGAGCUACAGUCCGGAUGACAAUCGGUUCGACCAUCGCCCCUUUUUGUAUCGGCCCAACUGGAGCUGGCAGUUUAAGGCCAUCGACGAUGAGGUGGACAAACUGCAGCCGAUCUACACGCCCUCGUCGGGACAACUGCGUCCCAGCAGCGAGGACCUGCUGCUGUCCACCCAGCGAUCCUUCCCUGGGGACGACUCCAAGCACUCCUCGCCCCUGUCCUCGGCCUCCAUCGCCUCCAUCGAUGUGGGCAUUUCCACGGCGGCGGUUCCGCUGCCAGGAGCCGCUGCCCCCGGCGGCCUCUCCAAGAAGCCGAGCGGCUACUCUAAGGUGCACGUGAAUGUGCUUGGCAAGAUCAAGGACCGCACCGGCAUUCCUGUCUAGGAACAACAUACUCGCAAAGCACUGGAAAUAUACAAUGUCUUUUUUUUUUAUCAGCACAGCUUGAUGUCUUUUGCUGCCCUCAGUGAGAAGUCAUAGGGUUUUCCCCAUUUGUUUAACUAUGUGCCUUCUAUUGGUCGUAAAAUGUUUUCCCCUAUGUAUUUUAUAGAUAAAUGUUUCCUUAAAUUGUUUGACAUAUGUAUUAACCCCCAUAUUAUUGGGAUAAAAAAUUAAAUUCCAAAGAAGUUCUAACCCCUUAAUUGCUAAAAGUUUUAGAUUUAGUUAUUUUGAUCAAGUCUCUGUAACAUUAUAACCUUAUGUAAGAAUUACAUUUCUUAAUAAUUUCAGUGAAAGAUUGAACCAAAAUCACAAAUUUGGAAUUGAAAAAAGGAAUUUAAUACCAUUGUAUCUUAAAUAUUGGUCGUUCAUGUAACUAAAUAUAAAGAAAAAAUACUUAAGCUCCAUUUAAUCUUACCAUUAUUUGCAUGUCAUAUCCAGCACUUGACAGACUAUGCUUGGCAAACCACUAAAUACAUAGCUUUACUAUAAAACCGCAGCAAAAGGCAUUAUCCUGUAUAUAUACAAAAUCCAUAUGCGUAGGCUUAGGCGUAGUCAUAUUAGAGCGUCAUCCUUCUAGAUCACAUUUUUUUGAAAUCCCCUUCGAUGUAGUCGGCCUUUGCAACGUCUUUUCCGGUUUGCCUUAUCUUAAAGUCUUUAAUCUUGUCUAAUGCUCAAGUAAAAAACUGGACAAACUUUUUGUCUCUCUGUCCAAACGAUUUGUACAACAAUCUUAAACAAAUAACUAGGCAAAUCCUUUGCCACACGUUUUGUUAGAUAUAUAACUAUUUUUUUCUGGCCUUACAAACAAUUAUUACUCGUUGUGUUGUUGGUUGUGUGCAGUGCGUGUGAAGAAGAAGAAUAUUUGUAAAAGCCCCAGCCUUAUAAAAUAUGCUUAUCAGCCACAAUUAUUAUUCUAAAAUUACGGAUUAUUCAGUUAUUGGCUACAUUACUUAUUACAAUGUAUCCAUUGGAUAAAACAUUGAUAUUAAUAUGAUUUCUCCGUUAAGUGAAAUUUAUUUCUCCUAAAAACUCUACACAAAACAUGAAAUAAAAUAUCACAACUAACAAAGUUAUUAUUUUUUCAAGAAUAACACCAUUAAAACGCACUGUAUGUUUAAUAAUUAAGACAAAUUCGUUUUUUCUAUGGUUACAAUAUAUUAUAAAAAAUAUUAGGAACGUCAAUUAUAUAAUCUGUGGACAAAAACAUAUAUUCGAUAUCAUAGCUCGCUACUGUUUGCCUAAGAAACUCGAUUGAUUAUCGCUUAGGAAAAGUGAGGCGCUUUAGAGAUCAUAUGCUAGUUAGUCCUUUUUGGGUACUCAUAAACUAUUUUUUUGUGUACACCUAAACAAAAAUAUUUAAACACUUCAAAAUCAAAGCUAUAAUAAACUUUUGAAUUGAAACUGUUUUCUAUAAUCGCAGUUUAAUUCAGAUCAGAUCAUUAUUAUCAGCUACCAUCUUUUUGGAAACCAUAGUUAUAUACUUUUGUUGUUAAAUAAACUAAGAACAUGAAAACAAUUUAAAUUGUAUUGGUUUUCUGAAUCGAAGAACCGACUUUAAAUUUAGUUAUAAGAAUUUAAGGAUUAUGUAAAAUUACUUAAAUUUUACAGACACUGUUGGGAGAUUUGAUAUAUUUGGUUUUUAGAAAUGCAUGUAGAUUUAUAGCACAUUGUGAAUUUGAACACUCGCAUCGGUUCGAUUAAAUGGAACACUGAUUAUACACCUCUGUAGAAGGAAAAAA